AUGCACAUCUCCCUCCAGCUCGAGGCCUCUCAGCUCCCCAAUAUGGACCGCCGCGGAAAGUCUGACCCUUUCGUUGUCGUUUAUCGCAAGGUGGACACCAACGCCGCGCGCGAAGACUGGGCCAAACUGGGUCAGACCGAAACCGUGUACAAUGACCUGUGCCCCAAAUGGAGCACCACUUUUUCCCUCGAAUAUAAUUUCGGUACAAACUUCCUCCUCCGCUUUAGCAUCUAUGAUCGUGACUCAAAGGACGAUGAUCUCUCCAAACAGGACUACAUCGGCGAGGUCCGCUGCACCAUUGCCCAGAUCGUCCUCGCCGAUAAUCAGACCUUUAAGAGCCAGGUGACGAAACCCGGCGCCAAGAUAGGGGCCAAGACCGGCUUUCUGACUAUUCGGGGCGAGGAGGAAAAAGGCGACCUGGGCGACAGCGUCACCCUUCAGUUUGCCGCCAGAAAUCUCCGACGCGCCCGCAAGCCCUUUUAUGUACUUAGUCGCAAAAACGCCAACGACAGCAACUACUCCCCAGUCAUCUACUCCGAGGUCCAUCAGGGCUAUUCGAGUUCCUCCCAGGUCACCACGUUUAAGCCCAUCACCAAGAGCUUGGCCAAGCUUGUUAAUGGCGAUUUGGACAGGGAGCUCCAAGUUCAGUUCAUGGAUUACGAUCGCUGGGGAAAACACUAUCGCGGCGGAUGCGCAACCUUCACCCUCCGGACUGCAAAAAUCGCCAUUAGCUCCGCGACCACCGUCAGGUAUCCGCUUGUCAAGAACAAAACUAAUGGGAAUCUCGUUGACGCAGGUACCUUGUUGUUGAAGAAGUGUGAAAUUUCAGUCCCAUACUCCUUCUUGGAUUAUAUUCGCAGCGGUACGAACAUCAACCUAGUUGUGGCCGUUGAUAUGUCAGCAACAAACGGCGACCCGAGCGAUCCCAGCUCGCUUCACUACAAUAAUAGACGCGCCCCCAACGAGUAUGUCAUCGCGCUUCAGGAAGUUGGCAAUGUUCUCGCUGCCUAUGAUACGUCCAACGCGUUUCCCGCUUUUGGAUUUGGAGCCACUCUACCACCUGUCUUCAGAGAGACAGCUCACGUUUUCGCCCUCACCGGAAACAUUAUGCAGCCCGUAUGCCAAGGCGUCGAAGGCGUCGUCGAGAUGUAUUACAACGCCCUCAACAAUGUCGGUCCGUACAUGCCAUGCCAUUACGCCCCUGUCCUGGAGCACGUUAUCCAAAUGGUGCGCGAAGAAAACGCACGCACCAAUGGAGCCAUGUACACAGUGCUACUGCUAGUUACCGACGGCGACUUUUCCGAUUUCCCGCAGGUCGCCAACUUGAUUUGCUCCGCCGCAGAUCUCCCGUUAUCUAUUGUUAUUGUCGGUGUCGGUAACUCGAGAUUUGUGAAACUGGAACGCCUAGACGGUGACGACACUCCGCUUUGCUCAACGGAUGGCACACCCUGCGCUCGCGAUAUCGUCCAGUUUGUACAGUUUCACAAUCACCGCUAUGAUCCCAAGAAGCUUGCCAAGGAGGUGCUCGACGAAAUACCAGACCAACUCGUUUCCUACAUGCGCAGCAAGGGCAUCAAACCUGGCGACAUUACACCAGGACCGUCAAGGCAGCCCCGGCGCGCCCCGUCGAGCAAUCCGAACGGCCAACCCGCGGGACCUUACAUCCCAGCCAGUCGACAAGGUUCAUCUCGUCUCACGUUUCAGGCGAUGCCACCCACAACUAUGCAUCUCUCGCCGCCAACUUUUGGGCAGCAACCCAUACAUGCUUCGAACCCAAUGCAAACCCAAGCCCCCCUCCAUCUGCAGCCACCAAUGCAGACCCACCAAUCCGCGCAGACGCCUGGUGUGUAUUCGUACCGUAUGCCGCAGCCAGGCGUGCCCGCAUCUCCGUACUCACAAAUCCCAUCACCGUACAGCUAUCACACUCCCCACAUGUACCCCCCGACAAGCACACCGUAUGCGCAUCAAGCAGGCGUUCAGCCUGAGCAUGGCCAGUACCAACCGCAAUCGAGUUUGAUGAAUAACCAAAUCUCUUACUCACAACCACAGUAUCAACCGCCACCGCCCAGUUGAAGCUACGAAGUAAUAUGAGUUUUUAAGAGAAGGACCGAAAUCCGUCUGUUAAAUAUGCACAUAUCUCGGAGUAUUUCGGUA